CCUUGUUUGUCUCCUUUUUGUGGUAGGUUGAUUAAAAGAGAAACUUUGCACCUCCUUAAUUCCCACCAUUUUCAGUCCUUAUAAAGCUUCUUAACAAACAACAUCAAAAGUUAAAUUACUAUUUUUGUCAUUAACUUAGUGUGGUGUGUGGGCAGCCAUGGAUUCUCUCUUUGGUAGCUCAGAUCAACUACUGUUCUUGUUGCAUUUAUGUUCAUGAUUGUGGCUGAUUUAGUAAUUUCUGGGUUAAAUUGGAAAACAUCUUUAUGUUUCAGACACUUUUUAGGAGACAUUGGUGAUGAUUUUUUUGAAGAUUUUCAUGAUAUUUUCUGGGAAUUGAAACUUUAAAGUAUUGGAGUUCUGAUUGAUGGGUGAAAUUGGAAUCUGGGUUUAAAAUUCCGAAUCUGAGGUUAUUUAUAUCAUGUGAUUUUUUCUGGAAUUUAACCCAAUUUACUGGGUGAGCUAUGAAAUGAUUGGAGAAUUUAGGAGUUGAGAACCCUGUAAAUUAAUAGUUAAUGUUGAGAGAAUUGAUCUCAUGAUUUAGACUUUAGACCUUGAAUUUUUAGGAAUAAAUACUUUGUGUAUAUUAAAAAUAGUAGCUAUGCUAGAGAAGAGCAUGCCAACCUCAAGGUUGCUUCUGAGCAUAACAGCAUUUUCCAUGUUUUUCCUGAUAAUUUCCUCAUUCUUUCUAUUUCAUUCAGUGAUUAAUCCGUUUAUACCUUCGUCCGUUUUUAAGCAAUUUGUUGUAGAAAGUGAACCUAUUGACUAUACACCAGACUAUAAACCCGAGGGCAAUAAUGAACAACCUAUAGAGCAGCCUCUUGUUGUACCAUUACCACCUUCAUCAAUAUCAAUGAUAGAGUUAGACACCCAUAAUAAGGUAGAGGAGGCAAUGCCAAUAGAUCCUCAUGAAGCUACCAGUUUGAAUAAGAAGAUAGAUGUUCAUGUUCUGUCAAAAAAGGAGGCGUGUAAUCCGAAUAAAGCUCUCCUAAAGGUGUACAUGUAUGAUAUGCCUCGUGAAUUUCAUUUCGGUUUGUUAGAUUGGAAGGCAAGUCCAAACCAAAUAUGGCCUAAUGUUAGUGAUAUAAAGCAUGUUCCACGAUAUCCCGGUGGCUUAAAUUUGCAACAUAGUAUGGAGUAUUGGCUCACUCUCGAUCUUCUGUCAUCUAAUGUUAAGAAAAUAGUUAGACCUUGUAGUGUUAUUAGAGUAGAAAACCCAAGUCAAGCAGAUUUUAUUUUUGUGCCAUUUUUUGCAUCCCUAAGUUACAACCGGUUUUCUAAGGUUUUGGGGAAAGAGAAAGUCAGCCUAAACAGGAGAUUACAAGAUCAAUUAGUAGAUUUCUUAUUGAGUAGGCCAGAAUGGAUUAAGUCUGGUGGAAAGGACCACAUUAUUGUUGCACAUCAUCCGAAUAGUUUGUUGUAUGUGAGAAAGAAGCUGGGUUCUGCUAGAUUUAUACUUGCAGAUUUUGGGAGAUAUGUGGCUAAGACUGCUAAUUUGAACAAGGAUGUCAUCGCUCCUUACCAGCAUGUUGUUCCGAGCAUCAGCAAUAACAACUCAGCCCCGUUUGAGCAACGUCCUACAUUAGCAUUUUUCCAAGGAGCAAUCUAUAGGAAGGAUGGAGGAGCUAUUAGACAAGAACUAUUUUAUCUGCUGAAAGACGAGAAGGAUGUACACUUUGCAUUUGGAAGUGCUCAAAAGAGUGGGGUCCGUGAAGCAAGAAAUGGGAUGGGAUCUUCCAAAUUUUGCUUGAACAUAGCAGGAGAUACUCCUUCAUCGAAUCGCCUUUUUGAUGCAAUUGUAAGCCAUUGUGUACCAGUCAUAAUAAGUGACAACAUCGAGCUGCCAUAUGAGGAUGUGUUGGAUUACUCGGAGUUCAGCGUGUUAGUGUGGGGAUCAUAUGCAGUCAAACCAGGGUUUCUGGUAAAUCUUCUAAAGGGAAUUAAAAGAGAUGAGUGGAUGAAGAUGUGGGAGAAACUCAAGGAAGUUGCUCAUCAUUUUGAAUAUCAAUAUCCAUCUCAACCUGGGGAUGCUGUAGAUAUGACUUGGCAGGCGUUGGCACGCAAAAAAUCUGGUGUAAAGAUGAAACGUAUUGACAGAAGAUAUCGAAUGCCAUAGUUAAUUAAGCUAUGGAUUUCACAAUUCAUGCAAGAAUUGAAAGUUUCAUUUUCAUAGCAAACAAAAAACUAAAAUUUAGCUAUAUAUAUAUAUAUAUAUAUAUAUAUAUAUAUAUAUAUAUAUUCUUUUGACUUGUGUAGGGAAGUAGGGAUACUUAUGUGAUGAUCUCCCAUUAGGAUUUAAGAAUAUGGAUGAUAUUGAUCUUAGUUGCCUUUAUGAAAUGGGAUGAUAUUGAUUUUUCUUUGUGAAUCUUCAUAUCA